UAGACUGCGUCUCGCACGUGUAUUGUUCGUGUAUUGCCCCCGGCACGCAUGCUUGAAAAGACCUCCGCGCACUUGAUGCCCGCUUUGGUGAUGCCAUGCCCCGGAACCACAGCGGAGACGAAGGCAGCACCGGGCUCUGGAUGAGGACGUCGCCGGGGCACCGCAACGAAGGCUACGGCUUGAAAGAUGUGGAGUCCGGACGAAGGAUGAUGAACAACGCGGGAGACGGUUUGCUGUCAGCCUCCACCGCAGCAGGUGCUGUCGGGUCCGAGAGCCUGAGGGGGAAGCAGGGAGCCCGGCUCAGCCUGCUGGGGAAGCCGCUCAUAUACAGCGCGCAGAGCGGCCGGAGAAACGUGCGCUACCGGCGGCUCCAAAACUACCUGUACAACGUGCUGGAGAGACCGAGAGCCUGGGCGUUCAUCUACCAUGCGUUUGUGUUCAUCUUGGUCUUCAGCUGCCUGGUCCUCUCUGUGUUCUCGACCAUCCCGGCUCAUCAGGACUUCUCCUCCUACUGUCUCCUCAUCCUGGAGUUUGUGAUGAUUGUGGUGUUUGGCUUGGAGUACAUCAUCCGGAUCUGGUCGGCAGGAUGCUGCUGUCGCUACAGAGGAUGGCAGGGACGACUGCGCUUCGCCAGGAAGCCUUUCUGUGUCAUAGACAUCAUCGUGCUGAUAGCGUCGGUGGCCGUGGUGUCGGCGGGCAGCCAGGGAAACAUCUUCGCCACCUCGGUCCUGCGGAGCCUGCGCUUCCUGCAGAUCCUACGCAUGGUGCGAAUGGACCGGAGAGGAGGCACCUGGAAGCUUCUGGGCUCUGUGGUCUACGCACACAGCAAGGAGCUGGUCACCGCCUGGUACAUCGGCUUCUUGGUUCUCAUCUUCUCUUCGUUCCUCGUCUAUCUCGUGGAGAACAAGUUCAACAAGGAAUUUGCCACCUACGCUGACGCCUUGUGGUGGGGCACGAUCACCCUGACAACCAUUGGCUAUGGGGACAAGACACCAAAGACAUGGACAGGACGGAUGCUGUCCGCAGGGUUUGCCCUGCUGGGCAUCUCGUUCUUUGCCUUGCCAGCAGGCAUUCUGGGCUCGGGCUUUGCCCUGAAGGUCCAGGAGCAGCACAGACAGAAGCACUUUGAGAAAAGGAGAAACCCAGCCGCCUACCUCAUCCAGUGUGUUUGGCGUAGUUAUGCGGCUGAUGAGAACUCGGUUUCCAUUGCUACCUGGAAGCCUCACUUGAAGGCGUUGCAUACCUGCAGCCCUACAAAGAAGGAGCAGGGAGAGUCGACCACAAGUCAGAAGUUGAGCUUCAAAGAGCGGGUGAGGUUGGCGAGCCCCCGAGGUCAGAGCAUCAAGAACAGGCAGACCUCGUCGGUGAACGACCGGCGGUCUCCAGUGGCUGAGGCUGGGACAGAGGGAACCAGCCCCGCUAAGGUACAGAAGAGCUGGAGCUUCAACGACCGCACACGCUUCAGACCCUCGCUCCGCCUUAAGAGCCAGUCACGCUCCACCACUGACGCAGACUCCAACAUGGCGGGGGAGGACGGCUUUGAUGAGAAGGGCUGUCACUGUGAGAUCUCAGUGGAGGACUUGCUGCCCUCAGUCAAGUCUGUCAUUAGAGCUGUCAGGAUAAUGAAGUUCCAUGUAGCCAAGAAGAAGUUUAAGGAGACGCUGCGUCCAUAUGAUGUCAAGGAUGUGAUCGAACAGUACUCUGCCGGUCACUUGGACAUGCUGUGUCGCAUCAAGAGCCUGCAGACCAGGCUGGACAUGAUAGUAGGCCAACAGACCCUGAGCAGCCGAGCCAAGACCUUUUCCUCCCCCUCCCUGCCUGUCUAUUACAGCCAGGGCAGAAAGAACUCCACCCAGGGAGUUGACCAAAUCCUCGGGAAAGGCCAGAUCCCUCUGGAUAAGAAGAUUCGAGAGAAGCUGCUGUCUGAUGGAGAUCUUUUAGAGGACGUGAGCAUGCUGGGUCGUGUCUGUAAGGUGGAGCGGCAGGUCCAGUCGAUUGAGUCAAAGCUCGACUCCCUGCUGGACAUUUAUCGUCAGGUUUUGCGCAAGGGCUCGUCCUCAGCCCUCACACUCGCCUCUCUGCCCCUGUUCGAGCUGGAGCAGACCUCUGACUACCACUCCUCUGUCUUCAGCAAGGACCUGUCCUGCUCCACCCAGGUCAGCAGCAGUGGAGCGCCACCCCCUGGUGGCUGCGUCACACGUUCCUCCACAAACUCCCACCUGUCCCAGGGAGGACUCCAUCUCAUCCUUGCGCCCCCCAACGAGCUCAACCUCAACUUAAAUGCCUCCUCUUCAACACCUCCCUCCGGCCUCGCAUCCUCCUCUUUCAGCCCGUCACCGCUGCCUCAUCAUCAUCAUCAUCACCACCACCAUCAUCAUCCUCAUCGUCCCCACCAUCAUUACACCCAGGCUCAGGCCACCACGCCUGAAAGUGGCACCGAUGAGGCCGUGGGGAGCUCUCCACCCAUCCUUACCCCAAAUAGCGUCAGCAGUGGCGGGGGCGGAGGAGUCGCAGAUGGAGGGUUUCCUCUUCUGGCAAGGCUUCCGCCACCACCCCCUCCAAGCCGAAGUGGGGGCCUGAGUAACUUGCCACGAGCGACCUCCACAGAAGCACCCCCUGACAUGGAGGACUUUUGUGGAGGUUUAGGGAUGCAGGUGGAGGACAGCAGUGUAGUGGAGGACCUUGGCCUUGGGUUGGGGCUGGGCAGACUGGGACAGCAGCUACAGGACAACAGCAAUGGCAGAAUAAAUACUCAGGAGGGGGGCUCCUGGAGGAGACAUAUGAGCCUGGAGCUGCAGCCGCUGGUGCUGCCAACACUGGACUGCUGCUCUGGCACGAGCCAGAUGGACCAAGGCCUGGGCAAGUCCAUGUCAGUGCAGGACCUGAUGCAGGCAGCCCCAGGGACUGUCCAGGACACCCACCACAGCCUCUCAUCUCCAAGCCCCAGUACAAGCAGUGACUCCCACAGCUGUAGCCAAGACCCUGGGGGAGGAGGGAGUGGUGGGGGUAUAAGCAGGAGUGGUGGAGGUGGAUGGGGUGAGGAGGACCUCUUUAUCAGUGACAGGGAGAUAGAGACGCAAGGAUUUGACUUCCUGUCACUUGGGACUGCUGAGGCCCACACCUACUCCUCGGAGCUCCUGAGGACAGGGAGCAGAGCAGGGACGGGGUCCCGGGGCUCUAACCACAGCCUGGCCCGCGGUCACGCAUCCUCGCCCUCUGCUGGCAGCAACGAAUUGCUGAACAUGCCGCACGUACGGCUAAAAUAAACUUGCCUAUGUGUUCAAAAGGCACGUAAAUCUCACCUCAAAGAGACAGUUUUUAUCCUUUUUGGAGGGGAGCGGGAGGGCGGGAAUAUAACGAGGGGUCCUUUUAUGUUUAUUUUCAUGUUGAUCCAUUUGAUAAGAAUCACAGUAUUUUCAUACAGGCUGAUCACGUAUGGCAUAUCAUUGCAUGAGUUACUCUUUGUUUUAAAGUAUGAUUGACCAAUCCGGGCUAGAAGAUUCAGGAUUGUAUAAUGGAAACACAGACCCCUAAAACUAGAGACUUUGCUAUUAAACAAAGUCAACUAAACUUGGUUCUGAGAGAUGAUUGUUUUAUAUGUGAUCUUAAGACAGAGCAUGAGCAUUGCAUGUUUUCAGUCAAAGGUACUGAGAUUUGCAAGAUACAGUUUACAAAGUAACAAAGUAGGAAAGCACGGACACCUAACAUUUAUGGAAAAUUCCUUUGUGAAUGCCACUCACAGCUGUUGCAAGCAGGGGAAAAAUGGGUGGGGUGAGUCAUCCUGGAGAAAAGACUGUUGAUAUUUGCUGAAUUGGAAAUUCAGCGAGCAUCUCCUCGUGGUCCACGAGCUGUCCGUUCUGUGGCUCUACCAUUGGGAAAGAGACAAUGUGUCUCAGACCGAGCCACACACUGACUGUUCCAGCCAAUCAGCAACAGGUGGCAUUCGUGCUCGUGUGCAGGACAAGAGGAAGGGGAGAUGGGACGAGCACAAGGGUCAGUAAAUCUAGCAUGCUAAUGCCAUGUAAACACACUGUAAGGAGGGACUGCAGUAUCAGCAUUGUCCAGAAUGACUCACCCACCCUUUAAUACUUCUUUGUGCCCACAUAUACAAGAUCUAUUUCCUGUCUCUCCAAUCACAUGACAGGAUUUAAUAUUAAAGUGAAUGUUACCUCACUAUUGCCAAACUCUACAUUCUCAGUUCUUGUCACUUUUCUAUUCUAUUCUAUUCUAUUUCUAUUUUAUUUCCAUACCAUUCUGUCCAUUUUAGAAAACCAGAUAACCUCCAGAACUUUGUAUCCUUAAAUUAUAUGAAUCCUCAAUCGAUGACUUUGGUUGCCCACAAGGACCGUGACAGUGUAUAUGCAAGUUUUAGCUCCUAAACUGCAGGUCUCGAAUACUGUACGUAAGAGUUUUGUUGAGCAUUUCUGAAUGAGGGCAAUACAGUUUAACAUGUUCGUUCUACAGUUUCAGGCAUCUACUGGUUUGCAAUAAUUUCCAUUCAGUAAAUCAAUUAGUGGACUCCUGAAAUGUGCUUGAAUUGUGUAAUCUGUCACAGUGAACAUCAGGUCAUUGUUGUCAAUGUUACAUACUCCUUGUGCGGUUAUGCAGGAAGUGCAGAGUUUUAAAAAGCCUGCUUUGCAUGACCUCAUAACAAUGACAUCAAUGUGACAGAAAGUACUUGAAUUACUUGAAACAAGCAAGUUUGGGAAGUGGACUAAUUGAUUUGUAUAUUAUACUGCCAACAGCGUUAUAAAAUAUAGGGAUGCACCGAUACCAACAUACAUACAUUUGUACUUUUACCUUUGUGAGGACACUAAGUGACAUUCCCUAGCUCCUAAUUUUAAGCUUACUAAACUAAAAACCUAACCCCAACCCUUACCCUAAAUCUUACAUUAACCCUUAACACCAAAUCUAUCCCAAAAUGAGGACCAGAAAAAAUGUCCUCAAUUUCCAAAAAUGUCCUCAACCAUCCCAAGGUCUAAAACUCAAAUCAGUUCUCACAAAGACAGCUGUACAAGCACACACACACACACUCACACACGCUUUACCUCAGAUGGAGUACAGUUGUAAUGCAGUGGAGUGGGUAUUUUUCUGUGUCAGUGAAGCGUCUCGUGGUGGCUGCUGCUAAGGUUCCCGUCAUUGUUUUGAUGACAUGGUCCUCGUCUCUUUCUUUGGGCAAAGUUUUCUGAAGCACGGUCACAGCAGGAGCUCACUUUUCAGGUCAACUCCUCAAAAGGAAUACAUAGUUUUCAGGAGUGUCCGCUGGUGAGCGCUGAGAUUGUCGGGGAGCUUACAUUAGGACCCAGAUAUUCUGAGGGCCUGCUUCUGCUCGAUGUGAGACUGUUUGGUCAUACGGUUUCUGUGAUGUUGUGAUGGCUGAGAAUCUCGUACCUCAGUUCCACUACAGUGAGGAAAUGACCAAAUACCCUAUUAACUACAAGUGACAAUGGCUGGUCAUCAAGAGCAAUGUACUGGGUAAGAGCUUGUUAUUUUUACUGUCCAUGGGUUGUCUCUGGACAGUUUCUCUCGCUUCUCCAGCAUUUGCUGCAAAGUUUGUUUUUUACAGUUUCCUGCUGUUAGCAUUAGCAAACUAAAUGAACUCUGCAUUGUGUCAGUUCUUUAGGUGUUUAAUUAAAUUGCUUGUGUUAAAGGAGCUGCGUUUUACUCCUGCUCUUGCAGUCUGAUAAACUUUUGUAAUCAUUGCUUAUCUUAAAGUAUCUCCAAACUGCUGACAUUGCUCCUUCUCCUACAUGCUGAGCUGAGGAGAGGUGUACACCAUAUUGCCAUGUAGUAUAGGGUGAGGUUGUGGUUGGAGUAGUUUUAGGAUUACAAUUACAGUACAUAAGCACAGUAUCAGACCUGAUAUUAGUAGCGGUAUCGUUGCAUCCCUAACAAAGUGUGUGACUGAAUUUUUGAGCCACGCCGUGUAAUAUCCAAGUGAUUUGUAGUAAACUGGCUAAAACAUGCAAAACUGUAGGACUGGUCCUUUGUUUUGUUUUUUCAUUUAAACACUGAGUUGGCUUGAAUUGUUGAAGGUACAUUGGGAAAACCCAGACAGAAAAGAGCAAUGUCAGUGUUGCUGUAACUAAUAUUUGAACACUUAGCAAUGCCACCUCUGCCAACAGCCAUCUGAACUAUGAGGUGCACCAUGUUCAAAGCACAUUCACACGAACACACUUGUAUACGCACAUGUACAGAUAAGAACGCCCAUUUACACGGCCAGCUGUGACGCUACAUGUUCAUUACACUGUGGAGGAUCUAAGGCACAGUCUAGAGGAGAGGAACAAGCAGUUGUUAAUUAUUUUCAGAUCAAUUAUGCACUGGUCAGUCGGUUUUCCAGCUGAUGACAGCCAUGGAUUGAAACACAUCUUGAAUGUCAUUUCUUCAUUUAAAAAAACAGUCUGAUAUUUCAUCAGAAUAUGUGUGUCAUAGCAAAGAGCUUUGUUCUGGUUACUGAAAGAAAUGUUCAGAAAUCUAACUUUGUAUUGCAUCUGUCUUUUUGCCACUCUGUUUCUACAUGAAAGGAAGAUAUCUCAUUUAAAUCAUGGUCAAUGUUUGCUUUUUAUCAUACAGUGUAAUGUGGAGUUAUUUUUGCUUCCUUGAAGUGGACUAGCUGCAGAAUGUAGUCCUGUUGCAUGGUACAGAAUCAGAUGCUAAGAAUUAAAGCACCACGAGCUGCAGGAGAAUACUAUCCAUGAAGUAUCCAAAGCCUCAGUGGUGAAUAAUCACCUUUACCUAGCAGUACCUCAAUGAAUUGUGAGACCCAUAUCAAAGACUGGAAUAUAUGUGAGGGAGGCUUGGGGUCAGUUUGCUUUCAAGAAGUGGAUUUUACUUUCCUUCAGAUAUUUAAAUAUAUUUUGCAUGAAGAGGUUGUCAUAUCCAAACCUAUCUAUAACUGAGAAUGAAUGCCUUGUCAUUAAGACAAAUCACUAUUUAUGGUUCAAAAUGAUUGCAUCGGAAGUAAAAAAAAAAGACCUCGGCUCUGAUAUGAAGUCUACAAAAUGUGCAGUACAUACAGUAUAUUGGUGCCUUGCUUUUGUGGUACAUAUCUGUCUCCAUAUCUACAUUUUUCUGAAAAGUGCAUUAGGUUCCUCCGAACAGAAAUGGUUGCACUGUCUUCAUUUUCUCUCCCUGUAAUGUUCUGACUUGAGGCAUUUUAGGUUUUUUUAUUCAGAGAUCAUUUUGCUACUGGGCAUAACACAGGCCUUUGACAUGUUGACAUUCUGUCUUGUUUAUUUUAAUUUAUUUAAAUUAUGUGCACAUAUUUACACACACGUAAUAAUCUCAGUUAGAUUUAUGAAGCCUGUAAUGUAAUGAAAAUGCAAGUGAACUUUUCUUCUCAUUCAUUAAUAAAGGAAAUUCUAUGAA